GUCUUCGAUUCUGGUUCCCCAGUUCUCCAAGGUUCUCGAGGCCCAGGGUCAAGGUUCUGAUGAAAUUCAAAUUCAGCCCCUCCCUGAAGGUUGCUUUCUUCUGCUCCAUCCCCCGGAAGUGCUGACCCAGCCCUUCAGCCUGAUGCACAGAGGCGCUUCUGUCCUUCUGUCCCUGGGUGGGGUACUUGUCCCUGGGCCGGUCCUAACAGUGUUUCUGGGCUGGAAACCAGCAGGGCCGUCCACCAGCCACUUCCUUGUGGACCCAGGCACUGGUCUGGGUCUCCCAGAGACUUUGAGGCCUUCCCUUCUCUGCCACAGCAACACCCAGGAGAUGAGGAAACUGAGGCUCAGAGAGGUCACAUGGCUUCCUCGAGGCCCCUCAGCCAGUAAGUGGAACCGGGAUUGACACCUGCGAUGCUGUGACUGCCCGCGGCCUUCUCAGAGCAGGACUGUGACUGGGCUGACCAGGGGGACGGUGGUCCUGGCUGAGGGCCCUGCUCAGGCACAGGUGUGAGCCCACUUCCCUGUCCCCUGGGCCACCUGUGGGACACUGGCCCCUGCCCCCCAGCAGACUCCGGAGAGAGAUGAGUAGCAACAAAGAGCAGCGGUCAGCAGUGUUCGUGAUCCUCUUUGCCCUCAUCACCAUCCUCAUCCUCUACAGCUCCAACGGUGCCAAUGAGGUCUUCCACUAUGGCUCCCUGCGAGGCCGCGCCCGGCGGCCCGUCAACCUCAAGAAGUGGCGCCUCACCGACGGCUACAUCCCUAUUCUUGGCAACAAGACGCUGCCCUCCCGGUGCCGCCAGUGUGUGAUAGUCACCAGCUCCAGCCACCUGCUGGGCACCAAGCUGGGCCCUGAGAUCGAGCGGGCAGAGUGCACCAUCCGCAUGAACGACGCGCCCACCACGGGCUACUCCGCAGACGUGGGCAACAAGACCACCUUCCGCGUUGUGGCCCAUUCCAGCGUGUUCCGUGUGCUGCGCAGGCCCCAGGAGUUUGUCAACCGGACCCCCGAGACCGUGUUCAUCUUCUGGGGCCCCCCCAACAAGAUGCAGAAGCCCCAGGGCAGUCUUGUGCGCUUCAUCCAGCGGGCAGGCCUGGUGUUCCCCAACAUGGAGGCCUACGCCGUCUCUCCCGGCCGCAUGCGCCAGUUUGACGACCUCUUCCGGGGUGAGACGGGCAAGGACAGGGAGAAGUCCCAUUCGUGGUUGAGCACAGGCUGGUUCACCAUGGUGAUUGCAGUGGAGUUGUGUGACCACGUGCACGUCUAUGGCAUGGUCCCCCCGGACUACUGCAGCGGCCCCGCCUGCAGCGCAUGCCCUACCACUACUACGAGCCCAAGGGGCCGGACGAGUGCGUCACCUACAUCCAGAACGAGCACAGCCGAAAGGGCAACCACCACCGUUUCAUCACCGAGAAAAGGGUCUUCUCGUCCUGGGCCCAGCUCUACGGCAUCACCUUCUCCCACCCGUCCUGGACUUAGGCCACCGGCCAGGGCGGCCCUCGCGAGGGCCCUGGAGAGCCGUUCUCCGCCCAGCCUCUGGACGAGCGCCACCUCCUGGCCAGUCAAGGCUGGUGAAGUGUGUUCUGGCCAAUCAGGGCUGGCAGGAGUGUGUUCUGACCAAUCAGGGCUGGCAGGAGUGUGUUCUGGCCAAUCAGGGCCUUGCAGAAGGAGGCUCCUCCAGCCAGUCAGCGCGUGGGAGGAUUUUCGUGGCCAAUCAGGGAUUUGGGCUUCUAUAUGGUUAAUCAGGGGUGUCGAGAUAUUUCUUGUCCAGACAGGGUCUGAGCGUAGUCAAUCAGGGUAUUUCUGAGUAAUCUGAGGCUAAGGACAUGGCCUCCCCCAUGAGGUCUUGAGUUCAAAGCCCCAGGGUGGAUCCUAAUUCUCUCUCUAUUGGCAGGGACGAUGGGGUCCUGUCCCAAGGAGCCGGAAACUUAAUGCUGCCCCUCACUUCCCUGAGCCAGAGAGAGGUUGCGUGGGGGUGGGAGAUGUCUGAGGGCCGGCGUGGAGGGGGUCCCAGAGGUGGGGCGCCAGCGUCUGGGGGCUGGCUCUGGCCUGAGUGGCCCCUUCUCUAGGCGCCCUUCUGGCGGAGUCGGGCUUGAACAGGGAGUCGGGGCCCUCCCACUCACCCACCGGCUGCCUUGGGUCUGUUCUCUCUCUCGGACUGGAUCCCUCCAGUCACUGCCCACGGGGGUCUCAGCUCCCUGGGGGUCUGGGCACCCCUUGCCCUUCUCAACCUCCGCCUAGAAACUUGAGGGUAUUUUUGCGCAAAUCCCCCAGGGCAUGGGGGACUCUUAAUCGGAAUGAGACCCUUCAGCUGUUUCCUUAGCCCCUCAGCCCAGCUGCCAUUAGCUUGGCUCGUAAAGAGCCAGGCCCCAUUUCCUGCCAUCCAGCAGUGAGGGUUCCACCUGUUGGGGGAGCCUUCCCAUGGAGGAAGGGGGAAAUCCCAGCCGAACUGGAAUUUUGUGGAGCCUCUGUGUCUGCAGCUGCUGGAGGCUUCCAAGGGUCUCCCAGAGCUGGGCCUGAGAAGGCUCUAGGGGGUCAGAAACUGGUUUACUUGGUUCUGUUCCCUCACUCUACGUCAGGCACUUUAUUGCUGGGCCUCAGUGGGGUUUGCCCCUUGCUCUUCCCCAGCCCAGAGGGAAGACUGGAGGGCUUCCUGGAGGAGGCGGUGGAAUGGGAGGCCAGCAGUGAGCCAUUGCACAUUAGGGCGGGGGCUGGCAACUACACCAGACUGGUUUUGUAAUGAUUUGUACAGGAAUAAAUGCACCUAAGCUCUGGCUCCAG